UAUUUAUUUGUAGAUUAUGAAUAUUUUUUAUAAUAAUAUAUUCGCCUUAAUACUAUUUUGCAUUAACAUCAUUAAUAAAGUAAAAGUUAAUAAGAUUCUGUUAUAUGCAUUAAAAGUUUAUAAUUGAGACGAGGAAUUUCUUUGACAACUGAUUUUCCCUUCUAUGUAAUAUACAGUGGUGCACACGCUACGGUUAGAUAUUAUUGAACGUGUGAAAUCUAUCGUCUGCUUUGGGUUUUAAAAUCCGUAUUCCAUUUGAAGUUAAAAAAGCACACAACAUGUUUCGACAUCUUACGAGGCCUGUUCUUCAAAUUACACGAAAAGGUGUUCGCCCAUCAUCAUCAGGAACAUCUGCCCUUCCUGAACAGUUGAGAAAACCAGCACAUUUCGAUGAAUUACCCGUGCCACAAGGUUGUUGGAAGGAAGCAUACAAUAAAAAUCAAAGAAAGUACAAUGCACAAUUAGCUUUUGGAGUUACUUUCCUUGUUGCUACUAUUGCAUUUGGUAGAAUCACUGAUUUACUCUGGCUCAACUUUUCUGCGCCAACUCCAAAAGAAUAAUAUGUAUAAAUAAUAUUUAUAGAAUAUAGUAGAUAUACGUACAAAAUGUUGUAGAACAUAACAAAUACAGCAACUUGUAAUUACUCUAUUUCCAAGAAUAAUACAAUACUUUCAUGUAUAAUAAAUACAACUUUUAAUAUUAA